GCACACAGCAAGCUCCUCCUCCAGCUGGGCGUGCAAAAGGCCAGCCCGUGUCUGUGAGCAGCUUGGAAGCAUCUUUGUCUCUGCUGCUCUCUCCUUCCCCAUUCACACUCUGGAAUGCAUCUUUUCCAGCUUCACCAGCCUUCUCCUAAUUUUGAUCUGGGAGAUCCGUACAGUCGCCAUCUGCGCACAGAAUACAACAGCCUGCAUGACCCACAUCUGCAGGACUACCACAACCGCAAAGACAACCUGCAGAACCUGAAGAACAGGGGCCUUGUCACCAAUGCUGGCAAAGUUGUCUGCACUCUGAAAGAGUUCAAUGAGUACAGGCAGUACCUGACCAGGCUGAAGCUGGAGCAGGAGAAAAUAAAGAGGCAAGAAGAGGUAGGCAAAACGUGGUGUUGGGAGGCACGUGUCAGUGGCAUGGCACCGAGGGCACGGGCUUUACUUGAUGGAUCUGAGGGAGAUGGGGAAUGCAGAAGAGGUGAGGGCUGGGCUGGGGGUGCAGGCACUGUGGCAUGGAAAGGACAACCCUGCUUGGGGCUGAGUUAUCGCCGCAUGCUGGCGUGGGGUGGCUGGGAAUGUUGCUUGCUUGCAAACUGAGCACCGAGGCAGCUCUUCUCUU